GGUUGCUGCUUCGUCACAAUCUCUAUAACGUGGACAGCUGGAUUCCUCUUUCCCUCUCACGUGUCGCUCUAGCCAAACCCUAACCUUCGUUCCCUCCCACCACCGCCCUCCCUUACAAUACGACCCCGCCACGCCGGAUCCAGUCCCUCGCCGUACGAUCUAUACUCAUCACAAACAUUAACGACGACAACCCCGUACAUAACAUUAACAACAUAACAGCUUCCUCAUUCCUGUCCUGAGAGACAAGGGAGACACCGAAAGCCGAAAGGGAAGGCUUUCUACGCCGUACGUGCGUGCAAUCUACGCCGCACAGAUUGGCUUCUCAGCCUCUAAAAUUUUCGGCCGUUGAUUUAAAAGAAAAAUUAUAAAAAGAAAGUAUAUACAAGAAAGAAAAAGAAGGGGGCUGUAUCCCAGUUGGACAUCCACCUCACCUUUCUCCAACCGCCAUGAGAGCAGGUGCUUCAUAGAUUUUACUGAGGAUACAAGUGAUCUGGUCAUUAACUUAGGCACUUGAAAGGAUUUUCUGAAACGACCUCAAUGGGGACAGGGGAAGAGAGCGCACCUCCUAAGCCUUCCAAAUCAGCUUCUUCAACUCAGGAAAUACCCACAACACCUUCUUAUCCUGAUUGGUCGAGCUCUAUGCAGGCUUAUUAUGGUCCUGGAGCUACUCCACCUCCAUUUUUUGCCUCAACUGUUGCAUCUCCAACACCCCACCCCUAUUUGUGGGGAAGCCAGCACCCUUUGAUCCCACCAUAUGGGACCCCAGUUCCAUACCCAGCUCUAUAUCCUCCAGGAGGAGUUUAUGCUCAUCCUAAUAUGGCCACGAUCCCAAACUCAGUACAGACAAAUGCAGAGUUGGAAGGGAAAGGACCUGAUGGGAAGGACCGAGUUUCAGCUAAAAAACCCAAAGUAAUUUCUGGAAAUUCAGGCAAGGCUGGAGAGAGUGCAAAGGCAACUUCAGGUUCGGGAAAUGAUGGUGCUUCACAAAGUGCUGAAAGUGGUACUGAGGGUUCAUCAGAUGGAAGUGAUGAGAAUAAUGACCAACAGGAUUUUGCUGCGAGUAAGAAGGGAAGCUUUCACCAGAUGCUGGCAGAUGGAGCCAAUGCACAAAAUAACACUGCUGGGGGCAUUGUUCAAGGUUCAGUUCCUGGGAAGCCCGUGGUCUCCAUGCCUACAACUAAUUUGAAUAUUGGAAUGGACUUAUGGAGUGCAUCCCCUGGUGGUGCUGGAGCUACAAAAGUGAGACCAAAUCCAUCUCCAACGAUGAUUGGAUGCGAAGGCGUAAUGCCUGAUCAGUGGAUACAGGAUGAACGAGAACUGAAAAGACAGAAGAGGAAGCAGUCUAAUAGGGAGUCAGCUCGGAGGUCAAGAUUACGAAAACAGGCGGAAUGUGAAGAACUACAGGUGAGGGUGGAAAACUUGAGCAAUGAGAAUCGCGCCCUCAGAGACGAGAUGCAGAGGCUUUCUGAGGAAUGUGAAAAUUUUACAUCCGAAAACAAUUCCAUCAAGGAAGAAUUGACGCGAAUUUGUGGACCAGAUGCAGUCGCUAACCUUGAACGAAACAUCACCGCAACAGUCGUUCAGUCUGAUGAUGGUGAUGACAACAGUUAGUAACCAUCCUAUGACAGAUGACUUUGUAGUCAGAAAACAGAAUUUAAUUAAACUCCAGGAAGUAACGACAUUGGCUCUCAUUGAGCGUGGAACAUUUAUUUUUCUUACUAAUCUUAUAGCCUUAACCUCUUGUAACUAUUAACUUUUAUGAUUCUAAACUGAGCGGAUACGUUGAUGACUCCAUCUGUACUGUAUUGGACUGUUGUGAAGAAAGUUUUUAUCAUAUAGGAGAAUUCCACGGCAACUGUUUAGAUA